UCGCUAGAAAGACUCAUAGUAGCUGAACAGGUAUGUGGAGACGAGUCACGACGUCAAAAUCGAUAUAAAAGCGGCGAAACCGUUUUUAUUCUCUCAGAAAAUUGUAAUUAUCAAAACGGUAAUCACAUGCACGCGUAGUGAAUUCAGUGAACCGAAUUAAAUAAUCUUAAACGUUAUUAAAACAGUGUGAUUGUGUGAAUCCCGGAGUUUAUGUGAAUCAUAAUGGGUUUCUUCCUAAGAUGUUAUCUAUCACUGACGUUAUUGUUUAGUUGUGGAGGUCACGCGCAAAAAGUUUGUGUUUAUAUGAAAGAUUGUCCGUUGAUUUAUGAAUUAUUAAAAGCUGAUGAUGGACAAAAACAAAUUGAGGAAAUAGUUUGUGAGAAACAUCUGAGAUAUCCUAAAGUGUGGUGUAAAAUUCCUUGCGAAUUAAAUUCGAAUGAAAAAGGUUUUUGUAGUUUACCAUCAGAUUGUGAAACCACAACUGAAAGCAAUAAUUUUUGUAACAUUAAUGAUUCAUUAAAUCAGUAUUUGUGUUGCCAUAAAAAAUCUGACACUAAUUCAACUUUAACAAGAAAUUUAAUUGAAACUACAACAAUACAAGAAGAUACAACGAUUAAUUUUACAAGUAACAGAAUGAUUAAUUUAAGGGUUUCGCAGCCUGAUUUAGAUAUUUGCGGUACACAAGUUGACACGGUUAAAGUUGCAAAUGGGAAAAUAGCUACGAUGUUUGACCAUCCUUGGUCGGUUUUGUUGCAAUAUCUCGAAAAAGGAAAGUUGGUGAUUAAAUGUGGAGGAGUUUUAGUUAGUGAUCGAUUUGUUUUAACCGCUGCUCAUUGUCUUGAUAUUUCUAGAGCCGAAUUAUUGUUUGCAAUUUUGGGGGAAUACAACGUAACUAACGCAACAGAUUGUUUUAGGGGAUUUUGUAUGCCCCAACCGCUUAAAAUCAGUAUUAAAAACACUGCAAUUCAUCCGGAUUGGUUCACUUUUGAACGACCGUUUUAUAAUGAUAUAGCGUUAAUCGAACUUGAACGAAAAGUUGAAUAUAACGAAUUUAUUCGCCCUAUUUGUUUGAAUCAAAUUUACGAGAAAUCGCCGAAUCCUUUAGUUGUGGUUGGUUGGGGAAAAACGGAAUUUGAUGAAUUAAGCGACGUUAAACGCGUAGCUAAUCUUGAUCUUCAACCAAAAUCAUCCUGUUUGAACACAGUUAAAAUCCCACUAAUUGAAUCUCAAUUAUGCGUUGGUGGUGGAUUGGAAGAUUCUUGUGAUGGCGAUUCAGGUGGGCCAUUGGUUCAAGUAGAUCACUCAAAAAGCCAACCGAUAUGGAAAUUAAUCGGUUUGGUAUCUUUAGGAACCGGAAAAUGUGGUACCAUCGGGAAACCUGGAAUUUACACGAACGUUUCUUAUUAUUACGAUUGGAUUAUUAAUAAAAUUACAUGAUAAAAGAUUUUUUUUGAUGUAUAUUUAUUUGUUUUUGUACUUUUUUGUCAAUAAAAUGUAUGAUGAAAAAUGGUGAGAUUGAAAAAG